UUCAGCGAACGAAAAUGUAGUAGUUACGCACUCACUCACACUUACAAACGUAAUCAAAUCGUUCGAUGAGUAUUGUCUUCCUCGUAAAAACGUCACCAUCGAAGCGUUUAAAUUUAAUACAAUUACGCAGAAGGAAAAGCAGUUGUUUACCGACUUCGAGACAGAGUUACGCACACAAUUACAAUAUUGUGAAUUUAAAUGUCAUGAAUGUCAAACUUCAUACGCUGAACGGAUGCUCCGCGAUAUAAUUAUCAUUGGAAUACAUGACAAGAAUCUCCAACUGAAACUUCUUGAUGGGAGAGAUCAACCAACGUCGAAAAUUAUUGAAACGUGUAAAGCUUUCGAAGCCGCCUCGGAGAAUAAGAAUGUUCUCGAUCGCAAGCCGUUUGAAGUAAAAUCUGUGGAACAUCGAUCAAAUGAACAACAGGAAGUGGUUGCUGCCGUCUCACGCAAACUUUGCUACAACUGUGCAAAACCAUUCACCCAGAGUCAUCGCAGUAGGUGCCCAGCUGUUAACGUUAAAUGCUUUUCAUGUGGAGGAAUGGGCCACUUCAGCAAAUGCUGCCGUCAGAAACGGAGUAAGGAGGAUAACAUCGAGAAGCAGUUGUCGAAACAGGGAUCACUAGAAAAGAAGAAAUCAAUUUUCACGGUAAAUUGGAGUGACGCAGAAUAAAUUCUAACAACCACGAGAGCGAGUACAUCAAAGGAUGGCGCAAAACAUAUCAAAUUGGGAACACAGAUGUACAGUUUAAGUUAGACACUGGUUCGGAUGUAAACUGUAUUCCGAUAAAUGUAAUAAAAAAUAUUCACGUACCGAUUGAAAAGGUUGAUGCACAUGUUCUCGAUUAUAGUUCCAAUAUAAUAAAAAUUUAUUGUUGUUGUGUCGUGUUUUGAUCGCGAAAAGUGUUGCGCGCAUAGCGCUGAGUUUUUGGUUGUUGAUUCAAAGUUUGAGCCGUUGUUAGGAUUGCAAUCUUGCAUUGAAUUCGGGUUGAUAAGUCGCAUGAAUAGGGUUCACAUGGCAACAUACAUUCCACAAAGUAAAGCUGAUUUUGUCACGCAGU